CACAGAGAUGGUGUUACGCGUUAUUUGGUUCCCAGUAUUUGUCCACUGAGUCAAAGGAGUACUUUCGCUGGGUAUCAGAGGACUGUGUUGGGAAUUAAAACACAACCGUGAAAGCGUACUAGAGUUUAUCAGCAAUGGUGCAAUCCAGCUUUUGAAGUUUUCAGAGGAUGCAUACAACACGUAGCCCUUCAUCCAUCCCGACAGGUGUCUCAGGAGAUGCCUUGGACCUCAGCUUGUCAGGCUCCCAGCUUUCUAUGUCCAAAAGACCCAGCAGUGCAUCACCUGGGAAAUACUUCUCUCGGUCUGUGUCGGUUUCUGUGGCUGGUGACAGCAGAGGAAAACGCAACACCCUGAGCGAUGUCAGCUUUGGUAGCUCCCGCUCCAUCAAGAACCUUAGGCGGUCCAACAGCACCACUCAGGUUAAUCAGCAGGCCAACAUCAGUUUAAGUCAGGACCAGAGUGAGGACUACUUGGCCCUGUUUGACAGCAGCUCAGAUGGACGCAAGAAACUGGCCAGCCUCAGCAAGGCCUCACCAGACAGAACCACAUGGAACAUCCUGGACGAUCAGCCCAGAGCUUUCCCCCUGCACUCCAGCUCUCGCAGCACUGGCAGCGUGGACUCUCCCACCAGCCUGAAGAGAAGAGAGCCUGGCAUCGCUCUGGCUGCCACUUUCACUGCCAACAACAGGAGCAACAAGGGAGCUGUGGGGAAUUCUGUCACCACCAUCUUACACAACAACUACUCUGAGAAACCACUCACUCCUAAGAGCUCCAACCAGAAGCCGUCUUUUAACAACAUCCUGAAGGCCACUGCAAACGAUGAGGUGUCACUGGAGAAUGGCUCCCUGACAAAGUCCCAGAAGAAUUUCUCUUCAAUUUCCUCCACCUCAAACAACAAAUCCCCAGUAUCAGCCCAGCGCGGCAGCCCUGUCCUGUCUCGAAGGAGGGAGGUCACUGAGGAGGAGGCCGAGAGGUUUAUUCAGCAGGUGAACCAGGCAGCAGUCACUAUCCAGCGCUGGUACAGACGCUAUGCCAAGAGACAACACACUAACCAGGCAGCACUCAAACGCAUCCUUGCCAGUAAAAGAAAGGAGUGGGAGGAGAGAACAGAGAAGGACAGUCGCCUGGAGCAGCAUCAGAAAAAGGACGAAGACAGAAAACGUAUCCGCGAAGAAAAAGCUCGUCUGGCCCGCCUCGCUGCCAUCCAGGAGCUGCAGCAGAAAAGAGUCCAGCAGGUUGCAGAAGCACAGCAUGUACCUGAAGUGGAGCUGGAAAACAUGAGACAGACUGGUGUGGUUGGACGCAAGAAGCCGCCCAAGAUUUCUCUGAUCAACAGAAGUCCAGCCUCACCGAGCAACAACAGCCCGAUGUCACCCACAGACGUCAAAGCUAAGAACACAGACUCCAAUUUGAAUGUUGUGGCUGACUUGGGUGAGCUGAGCUUCAGAGCCAUUUCCCCAGCUUUGUCCAAUCACAGAGGCUCUCAGUGUUCCCAGGAGGACCGAGCAGAGGAACACAUUUGCCUGGAACAGCAGCAUCAGGAGAACGACAGGAAAUUGAUUCGUAAAGAGAAAGCUCGUCUGGCCCGCCUCGCUGCCACGCAGGUCAACACAUCGGAUGAGUUGCAGCAGAAAAGAGCCCAGCGGGUUGCAGAGGCACAGCAUGUAGCUGAGGAGGAGCUGGAAAACAUGAGACAGACUGGUGUGGUUGGACGCAAGAAGCCGCCCAAGAUUUCUCUGAUCAACAGAAGUCCAGCCUCAUUGAGCAACAACAGCCCGAUGUCACCCACAGAUGUGAAAGCUAAAAACACAGACUCCAAUUUGAAUAUUGUGGCUGAGUUAGUUGAGCUCUCCAGCUUCAGAGCUGUUUCCCCAGCUUUGUCCAAUUGCAGAGGUUCCCAGUAUUCCCAGGAGAUCCUGCAGAGGUCGGUGAGUGUGGAGGACCAGCGGCAGGGAGCUUUGUCCAGCAGAGCUCAGUCUAAAACCACCCUCAACGAGCUGCUGGACACCCUGAAGCUGUUAGAGGAGGAGCCAGAGAGGCUGUCGGAGCCAAAAUGCUACCACAAAGAGAAAUAUGCCUGGAUAGAUGAGGACGGAGAUUCCAACUCUCUGACCACUGACAACCUGGAGCGUCACGGCCAGCUGAGCCACCACCCUGCACUGCCAGAUGGGGGCGCCCUGCUCUCUGAGGCCAAGCUGCAGAGCAUCAUGAGCUUCCUGGAUGAGAUGGAGAAGUCUGAACAGGAGAGACCACGUUCGGUUACUUCAGGGUCACACAGAGAGGCUGUGUUGUCAGAGGAAGAGCUGGUUGGUGUCGAGCAGGCGUCGGCCACUGCUGCCGAAGUCACCGGCUCCAUGAUGAGAAUCAAGCUGGAGCUGGAGGAGAAGAAACGCACCGUCAACAUGCUGCAGGCCGCACUGGCCCAGCAGAGGGAGCUGACGAUGAGACAUGUGAAGGAGACCGAGAAGGAGCUGAACAGAAACUUCCAGCUCCAGAAGGAACAAUAUGAAGCCACCAUCCAGAGACACCUCACAUUCAUUGAUCAGCUGAUCAAUGAUAAAAAGGCUUUGAGUGAGCGCUGUGAAGGAGUGGUGGGAGAACUGAAGCAGGUGGACCAAAAGUACACCAAGAAGAUUGCACAAAUGCAAGAGCAACAUGAAAUGGUGUGGCAAAUUCUGGGUCCCUUGUGCGAGGAAAUCAAGAAGUUAAAAGAGCUAAUGAGUGCCACAGAGAAGAUCCGCCGGGAGAAAUGGAUUGAUGAGAAAACCAAGAAGAUUAAAGAGAUCACUGUCAAAGGUCUUGAGCCAGAGAUCCAGAAGCUGAUUUCUAAGCACAAACAGGAGCUGAAGAAGCUGCGUACGCUCCACGAGGCGGAGCUGCUGCAGGCGGACGACCGGGCGGCCCAGCGCUACGUUCGCCAGUGUGAGGAGCUCCGCCAACAGCUGGAGAAGGAGAAGGAGGAGCAGUGUCAGAGAGAGAGGGAACUAGCCAAACAGAGAUAUGAGAAGCAGCUGCAGGAGGAGGAGCUGUCCCUGCAGCAGCAGAGGAGGCGUCUCUACAAGGAGGUGGCUGAUGAGAAAGAGAGGCUGGCUCAGCUGGCUGCAAGGCAGCGCGCUGAGCUGGAGGAUCUGCGGAGGCAGCUGGAGGAGAACAGCUCUCUGGCUGGACGAGCCCUCAGAGAGGAGCUGGACAAGACCAGAGAGGAGCAGGAGAGGAGACACCAGGUGGAGUUGAAGGCAUUACAAGAACGUUUGGACAUCGAAAAGCAGACCUGGGAAGAAAACUACAAGAAAAAAGAGGAAGUUUGGCUGCUGAGCCGCGAGCGCGAGCUCAAAGAAGAACUGCGCCGAGAGCGCGACAAAGAGAUCGAGCUCGCCAUCUGGACGCUGGAGGAGGAGACCAGCAAGGACAAAGAGGAGUGUGAGAGGGCAGCUGACAACAGGGUGAAGCGUGUGAGGGAAAAAUACGAGGCUGAGCUGAGGGAGCUGGAGCGCUCUGAGAGGGCAGCUGUGGAGAAACAACAAGAGUUGAGGAAGCAGCAGAUGGAGACGGAGGGAGAACUGAUUAGACUACAAGCCGUACUCAGACAGAAAGAACAGGAGACUGAAGACAUCACACAGACCAGGGACAAGCUGGUGGAUGAGCGCCGCAGUCUGGCGGAGGUGAUAAGGCAGGAGUUUGCAGACCGGCUGGUGAUGACGGAGGAGGAGAACCGCAGGAUGAAAGUGGAGGUGUCAGAAGUUCGCGCAAGGCUACGUCUGGAGGUGGAGAAGGUCACCAGGGAGAAGGAAGAGGAAUUGGCUGAAGUCCACCAACGAGUGAAGUCGGCCAUCUUGAAGAAGGAAGAAACUGUCAAUCAUCUCCGGAAGCAGCAUGAGGCUGCCCUGAAGAGGGCGGAUCACCUGGAGGCCCUGUGGGAACAGCAGAGGAAGCAGCUGCUGGAGAAGUGACUGACAGGAAUGUCUGGUUUUAUCCGUCUGGACCUCUCCUCUCCGCCCUCCAUCUUCCUCCUCUCCUCCUGCUCUGGGCUCUAUCCAUUGUGUCGCUCAAGCGCUGAUUUUUCCCCCCUUGGAUGUUGUUCCUGCCAGCAAGACUGAACCUGUGGAACUUCAGAGGGUUGAACAAGUGACUGAACCUUGUCCUACCUCAUUUGAAAAAUACAAAAUGGUGAUGCACUGGGCCUCACUCUAUAGCCCCAUAGCCCCCCCGCCCCCCCGCCCCAGGCAUGAAGGAGCAUGUUGUGUUGGAACUUCCCUAAUUUACAUGCUAUAGACCAGGUGGCACCAGAUGAAAAGACUACGGAUGGACUUUCCAUUCUUCUUCUUCUUCCCUUUCCAGAGGAGGAUUGCUGCCGUUUCUUAUGACUGUACCCCCCUCCUCCCUCCCUCUGCAGUCUGUGGGAGCAGGAAUGCCUCCAUGUUCCCCACAGAGCUGCCACAGAACAGUUCCAGAUGUUUCUGAAACCAGGCCAGGCCUGCGCUCGAAUAAAGUGGGAGAUGAGAAGGUGGGGGGAGUUGCUCUUUGUGGAGGACCCCGUACAACCAAGGACUCAUCGGUCAGCAUCAGAGCUACAGCAUGAGCUUCUGUCUGUACCAAGUCAAGCUCCCGGUGCCCCCUUUUAUCUGUUGAGUCAUGUGUUUUGUCCCAGUGCCCCCUCGAGGGGAGUGCUAAUUACAGGAUCUAUAACCGCUCCCUCGCUACAGCCCUGCAUCCAGCUCUGAACAGUUUGUGUGUGUCUUAAACCAAAAUUUGGAUUUAACAAAGAAGUUAGAAGUAAUGUACUAACACUGGUUACAGACUAAAGAGUAGAAGAGUGCAUGUAGAAUGUUGCAAGAAAGAGCGAUAGGAUGUGUAGGCAACUUUUAGUGAAGAAAAGUGGGAUGUCUGAUGAUAUGUUUGAGGUAAAAGACAGCCGAUUGUAGAGUGGCUUUGAAAGUUUCUGAAUGUGAGGAAGAAAGAAGAGGAUGGGGGGUGUAGGGAAGAAGGAAUGCGCAUAGAAAAUGUUUAUAGGAUUAGGAAAGCAGAGUUGGGUGGUAGGAGGGUUUGAAGGGGCACGAGGCGUGUGACCAGAGUUAUUUUAAAAGCCAUAUAGUUUUGCCCGGCCUGAUUCAGAGGCUGCACUGUGACAAAACGCAUCAAACGCAACAGGGAUAGGAGCCUGGAGUCCCUCACAUAUGUAAACUAUCUGUGUUUGGAUACUCCAGCUCUGUUUUGUAAUUCUCUCAGGAGCCACCACCUCUCAGCACUUGCAAAUUUGUAUUCAAUUGAUUUUUUUUUUCUCUCAAAUGUUCCUGCUUCUUUCCUAAUUUCUCAACGAUUGAAGAUAGUUCGAAGCCCCUCUCACAGACACAAAAAGUCUUUGUGGAUAAGAUUUCGGUAAGAACGGUACAUAGCAUGAGUUAGUGAGGGGUGUGGGCCUGUAACAAGAGUUUGUGCUGCAGAGAGAAACUCUAAACCUGGACGUAAAGCCUGUUAUUUAGGUGCAACAUGAUGUGAAAGACCACACUGAUGUGAUUGUAAAGGCCCCACAGCCUCCAAAUUAGACUUCAUAUCAGAAAAUAUUUAUUCUGUUUCUCUUUUCUUUAUUUAUUUUCCAAUUUAGCACUCUUACACGACCUUUGUAGUGUUAUUGGUCCACAGAAAGGUCAAAGAUUUGAAGUAAUUUUUCUCAAAGCUAGUCAACAAGUCAAGUGUUUUUCAUUCCUUGCAAGAACACUAAACAGUUACUUGGCAGAACUGAUAACUGCCGUGGUAAAGCGUUAUACCUAUGCCAUUUUUAGAUGGUUUAAAUACAGUAUGUCAGGUUUUUCUGACAUGGAAGUUGUCCGAGCCACAAUGUAAAGGGUUCAUAUGAAGUGUAAUGUAGUGGAAGGGUAGGGGUUAACAGCGCAGCUUUAUGGGUAAUGCAGUUUCUGACCUCAGAGGCAUUUUGUCAGAGUGACUGUCACAUCAGCCAGCUUGCUAACCAAUAAACCAAAUAUUGAAAACAAUUCCGACCCUCAAUAUAUAACACAAAUAAGAUCGAGUCUAGAUUGGACUAUCUAAGACAGAAGUGGCUGAUAUGUGUCACAUGUCACUGUGGGUUUCACGGUCACUAACUGAGAUUCACUUUGAGUCAUGAGGACUUUGGUGUGGAGGCCUGAAGGCCUUGAAGCGCCGCAGUCUGCUCGCAGCCUCUCGCUGCUCCGCUGCUGUUGGCACAGUAGACGGGGCUGUUGGCCUCGAACCCGGGAGGGUGGCGGUGUGAGUUGGCAUUCCUCGCGCAUGCCCGUCCUACAAGUACCAAUGAGCCUUGCCUUUGUGUGUUUGUGUGCCACCAUUCCUCCCAUUUUAACCUGAGAUGACCCUUGUGGUGUCAGAUACGGUUCCCUCGUUUUGUUAUUUUUCCACUUGUGAUUUUGGAUACAAACCAUUCCAGCUGUCAUCGGUUAUUGUUUUGAUUUCCAUUUCUCCAUGUAUAACCCUCUGUGCCCGAACAUGUAGUUUUUGAACACACUGUUUUCUUAUCUUUUAGUCUAGUUUUUAAUGUUAUUCAUGCUGAUGGUUCGAAAACUGUGAAGAAAGAUAGUUACUGAUCUAUCAGCAAAAAGAGAAUAAAAAGACUGUUUGGAAGACA